AAGAGCUUCCUGUAAACACUUAGGUCACAUGACAGCUUGACGAAAACGUUUCGAUUUAGAUCUUAGAUUUAUUCCUUUAUUUAUACGUUUUACGAAACUAACGAAUGUAUUUAUUUGCAGUUGCAUAUCAUGCAGAUUCAUUGAUAUUUGAAGAUUUAUAUCUACGCUUGGGUUUGACAAGCCUUUCAGGAAACAAAAAUCGUCCAUCAAGAACACAAUUCAUGGGAAGUCACAGUGAAUCAAUGAAAUACUCAGCUGAUUAAAGCAGAUCCUCUAGACACUGCUGGUUUCAUAGCUGCAGAAUGGAUCCGACUGCUUCUGGAAUCUUCUGCAGCAGGAUGCUGAGCAUGGUCAACUCCGAGGACGUAAACGCCAUCAUCCAGGCGCAGAGACACAUGCUGGACCGCUUCGAAAAGACCAAUGAGAUGCUCAUUAACUUUAACGGCUUGUCCAAUGUGCGGUUGCAGCAGAUGAACGACCGCUUUCUGCUUCACACUCGCACUUUAAUUGAAAUGAAGAAGGACUUGGACAGUGUUUUUCGACGAAUAAGGACAUUAAAAGGCAAGAUUUCUAAGCAGUAUCCUGAAGCCUUUAGCAAUAUUUGUGAGGCUUCCAGUCUGGAGGAUGACGAUGACGACGACUUUGACCCUGUCCCCCCCAGCAUAGCCACCACGACCGCCACGUCUGAACAGAGCACUGAAUCUUGUGACACGAGCCCAGACAUUAUCUCACCCACCAUCAGCCGCUGUUCUGAAGAGCUUUCUCAGGAGAAUCCAGACACACCGGUCUCUAACAGCCCUGAGAGGGUAGUACUGCUUGAUGAGGGCCCAGAUUCAGUCAAUAUCUAGAGAAUACUGCUGAUUCAUUUUGGACAUGUUGCUAAAGACUUUGAGUAACCUUGUGUGCUGAGUGUAACAGCCCACAUGUGGACUUCUUGUCAAGUCCAAUCACGUUAACAUACUACGCCUAGAAGUUAUCCAAAGCUAAAAUAUGCUCUAAGUGUGUUUGCCAAAUAUGCUUUUAGUCAAAACAAUCUGAUUUUUUUUUAUUAAUAAAUUGUUAUAUAUGUG